AUGAAAUUGACUUAUUUCUUAUUUGUCUUUGUAUUAAUUUCAUUAGCUAUUGGAUUAGUUGUUAGCAACAAAGAAGAACGUUUUGCGACUUGCGAUACUCCAUGUGCAGAAAAGGGAGAUGUUAUAACAUGUUGUAAAGAUCACAAGCAAGAUGGUUUUAUUGAUGGUAAAUGCAAGGGUAAAGAAGCAUUUUGCAUUAAAAAAUAA